GGAGAAAGGAAGGUCGAUUUCAGAUACCCCCAGCCCCGCCUCUUCCCCCGGCCCACUCAGCUUCCUCUCUACGAGGAACACUUUCACUUCCUGCUACUCCAGGCCUCGAGAGCAGAGGCCUGACCAUGGCUCGCUGGCCUCCCGCAUCCUGAGGAUGGCCUGGCCAGAGGACAAGGCCUUAGCAGGCCCCACCGACGGGAAGAGACUGGUCCCAUCACAGACAAAUGGAGCAGGCGAGAUCACCUUAGGGGUUCUCAGGACCCCAGAGCCACUCCUUCGCCUGCAGAGGACAUGGGGGGUGUGGCAGAUCCCAGAGCUGGAUGCCCAGGAUGCAGAAGCCGUUCUGGAGCUGUGGCCACCAGGGAGUUUCCUGGUCACAGGACAUGACUCCAGCCAGGUCCUGGUGUUGAGGACAGGACCUUCACGAGGGGAAGUCAACACCUACCAGAUCCGGAAGCUUCCUGGAGGUGUGUCUCUGGAAUCCUCUAACCUCUGCAUGCCGGACCUGCUCCAUCUCCUGGCCUUCCUAUCAGCCAGCAGGGAUGUUUUGCCCAGAACACUGCUCUUGCCUCCUCCCACUCUAGGGCCUGGAAACAAACACACAGAUCCUCUGCAGACUGGCAGCAUCCAGCUCAACACCUCAGGGAGGGUGCUCUCUCUGGUGAACAAGCUCUACCUGGAAACCCACGGAGGAUGGAGGAUGGACCAGAUUCCCUCGGAGACACCUCCAGAGGCUGCAGAGAAACACAGUCCAGCCCCCAGGAACCCCACCCCUCACCGAGUCUCCUGGGUGGAAGGCCCACUCAGCCCGGAAGUACAGCAUCCUGGGCCAGCUCUGACCGUCCUGGUGGAGGAGAAGGAGGAGGAAGCGGAGGAGGAGGAGGAGGAGGACGAAGAGGAUGACUACAAAGAGGAAGAGGAAGGACCUGAGGAUGUGCUCACCCGGCACAUCCGGGCUCUGGCCAGGGCCCGGAGCAGCUAUGUGGCCAGGCAAUUCCGGGUCCUUCGUGCACGCCUCACCUCGGAUACUAGGGGCCCCCACAGGCCUGGGGACCCGGCCACAGAGCUGCUCCAGGAUGUGCGGCACCUCCUUAUGGACCUCCAGGAGCACUUAGCCAAGGACCCGGAUGUCAGGGCUGUCUUUGGAAGCAGGGGGCCUGGGGUCGCCCAUAAGGACGAGGAUCUCGGCCCCGCGGUGGAGGCGGCCUUGUGCCGGGCGGUGCUGGCGCCGCUGAAGCCUGCUCUGUGGACGCGACUGCGCACGCUCCGAGCCCCGGAGCUGCGGCGACUGCAGCGGCGACAAAUAGCCCUGCGGGAGGGGGCGGGGCCUCCGGGCGCGCAGGGGGCGGGGCCUGGGGGACCGAGCCCCGCCCCGGCCUCCUCCCUGCGGAGCCGCAUCCACACGCGCCUGGAGUAUUUCCAUGCCGCCUGCUCCCCACGCCGCAAGGUGGCGCUGCUGCUGGCGAUGUGCAGUGACAUCUACGCCAGCUUGGCUCAGGGUGAGAACCAAGAGCCCCUGGGGGCCGACGCCUUCCUGCCGGCGCUGACGGAGGAGCUGAUCUGGAGUCCGCACAUUGGGGAGACGCAGCUGGACGUGGAGUUUCUUAUGGAGCUCUUGGAUCCGGAUGAACUACGGGGAGAAGCCGGCUACUACCUCACCACGUGGUUUGGGGCCCUGCACCACAUUGCCCACUACCAGCCCGACGCGGGCCGCGCGCCCCAGGGGCUCAGCUCCGAGGCCCGCGCCUCCCUGCGCCAGUGGCACAGCCGGAGGACGCUGCACCGCCAGGCCGGCGCCGGAGCACAGACCGACCUGCCCUUUGAGGAACCGUGGGCGAUAGAGACUGUGCGGUGAGAUCAGUGAUGAUUAGGGCCCUCGAGCCCUCCUGCUGCUCAAGCAAGAUGCGAGAGGCACCUGGGACAGCACGGACUUCUGCCCCCUGUCGUUUAGGGACAGCAAGGGGGAGGGCCUCCCAGGAAAAGGGAGCAGGCCCACCUCUGGACCUUUGCAUUGGCUGUUCCUACUUCCUGCAGUGCCGUUCCCUAACAUCCACACUGCUCCUUCCCUCCCUUCCUUCAGGUUUUAAGGCAGAUGUCACCUUCUCAGUGAGGCUCGUCCAGGCACCCUUGCCUAAAAAUGCACCUCCUCAUGUCUGACCCUCCCAAAGAUGUCCACCUCCUAAUCCCCAGAGUCUGUGAAUAUCUCACCUUAUAUGGUAAAAGGGACUACAUGUGUGAUGAAGUUAAGGAUCAUGAGAUGGGGAGAUUAUCCUGGAUUCUGUGGGUCCAAUCACAAGGGUCCUUAUGAGAGAGAGGCAAGAGGGUCAGAGUCAGGGAGAGGGAUGUGAGGAUGUGAGCAGAGGUCGGAGUGACCACCAGGAACCGAAGAAUGCAGACACCCUCUGAAAACACAAGGAAUGGAUUUUCCCCUGGAAACUCCAGAAGGAACUCAGAGAAAGUUCCAGAAGGAACUUUGAUUUUUAGGCCCUUAAGACCUAUUUUGGACUUCUGACCUUUAAAACUGCAAGAUAAUAAAUUUGCGUUUUUUUAAACCACCAAGGUUGUGGUCGUUUGUUACAGCAGCCACAGGAAAUUAAUACACUCCCUUACUCUGACCUUUAUUUUUUUCCAUAGAAGCUAUCACUCCCCCACAUACCAUAUAAUAUACUUAUUUAUUGUGUUAAUUAUCCAUAGUCUUCUCCCUCCCCUUAGAACAGCACUGUCCAGUAGAAAUACAAUAUAAGCUACACAUGUAAUUCUAAAUAUUCUA